AAUAUUGUAACUUGUAAGGCUCGAAAAACGGCAAAGUGGAAAUCGUACUUCUCAAACGUUUUCUCCCUUAAUGCUUUAUUGUUUUUCUGUUGUCUAUUGCCCGCCUUAAUCGAAAACCCUAGAGAUUGAAUUACAGAGCGAGCGGGAGAGGGGGCGGGAGGGUGAGCGUUUGCAGAAGAUGCCAAAGAAAGAUGCUGCGAGGAGAGAGCUGUUGGAUCGAUGGAGAGGCAUCGAAGAGGAAGACGACGACGCCGAUGGCGACUUUGGUGCUCAUAAGCGCCGUCGUCUUCACCAGCUCAAAGAAGAGUGGUUUUCUGAUGCUUUCAAAUUCUUGAUCCACUUGCCAAAAUUAGAUCACAUUUGGUGUUGUUCUUGGGACCUGAUGGGACCUUUACUAGAGACAUUCUAUAAUUAUUAUAAAGAUGAGCAUCGUGAUUCUCCUCUAAAGCUUCUAUGGAAUAGAGUUUCGGAAGAGUUACGCCAUUGCACUCAAUGUAUUUGCCAAUAUCAUCAAGCCCAAGAGAUGUAUAACACAGAAUAUGAGUCAAGUUCAAUAGGUCCUCUUCUUGAUGUAUUGCGCACUCUGGAUGAAGAAAGAAUAAGUCAGCACCUAAAAGAAAUCAAUGCAAGAAUAGCUCACGGAGAUUCUGUUUUGGGGAAUGACAAUGGUGAAAUUGUUAGUGUCAUGUUUGAGGUUUUGAUGUUUCCCAUCUUGUUAGAUGAUGAUUCUUUAGCAAACGAAUUUCAAAUAUUCAUUGAGGCAGUUGAUGACUCUCAUGAAUUGACCCUAGGUGGUCACCAACAAUAUCCGGGAGUUUAUGCAUUGCUUUUUUUGAAAAAUCGGAGAGCACGUUCAAUUGGUUUCCGAUUGGCAGGACAAAUGAAUAGAUUGAGGCAAUCAAUUGACUUGGAUCCAUUGCAGCCUUUGCUGAAGAGAUACAUCAGUUUCUUGGAGACAGAAAUCUCCUCACCUCCUCAGACUUCUAGGCCUAGGGUCCAUCUGGAACGAUUAACUGUAUGGCUUGGAAUCAAAGCAUUGCUUGGAUUCUUAGAGCCUCCAGCAUUUGAAGAAGGAAUUUUAGAUCGCUAUCCCAUUUUCCUGAGUCUUGUUCUCAACCAUAUUAGUGAUGAUUCUCCUGAAUUUUCUUAUGCAGUUAAUUGCUUGAGAUUGCUUUUUGAAAUGCUUGGGUAUAAGCUUUGGUUGAGGACUACGUUGUCUCCAAGUGUAAUGCGGAAUACAUUGCUGGGUCAGUCUUUCCACACAAGAAAUGAAAAGAGCCAUAAAGAAAUUUUUGAUCUUUUCCUGCCUUUUCUGCAGUCUCUUGAAGCUUUACAAGAUGGUGAACAUGAAAAGCAGCGAAGACAUUUCCUUUAUUUUCUCCUACAUCAGGUCACUGCGAGCAGCAACUUCAGCAUACUAAUGAGGAAAAAGGCUUGCCAGAUAGCUUUUCUCAUUGUUCACCGAGGUUACAAGAUGAACCCACCAAACCCACCUUAUGAAUGCGCACAUAUGUGGGGACCAUCCCUUGUGUCCUCUUUGAAGGAUUUGUCACUCCACAGUUCUCUUCGACAGCCAGCCUUUGAUCUUAUACAAACUAUUAUUGUGUCUGAUGCUUCAGCCAUGGUAGCUUCAAUUCUGAACUCCCAGCUGCAUGCAAGUAAUGAAAGAGGCAUGCCUACCAAUUUUGAUGAAGAUGACGAUGAAGGGAAUUUGUUAGAUCAUGAUAUUGAAGAAAAGGAUGCCACUUGCUGGAGUGAAUUCUGUGUGCAGUCUAAGAUGACCUCAAGUUUAUAUGGCAGUUGGAUGUGCAUCCCAAUGUUAUGGUUUGAGGUUUUAGUUGAGAUUGAUCCUUUAGUCCUCCCAGUGUCAAUUGCCAAGGCAGUCUUUUGGGCCUUAUCUCGCCUUGCUAUGGUAGAACCAGAAAAUAGCUCAGAAAGGUCACUUUCACUUGAAAAUUGGUUGAAAACCUGCACUUCAGAAAUCUCUCAUGCUUUUGGUUGGAAGGUUCCAUCUGGCUCCAAUGAUGGUGGAGAUGGAAUGGUAUCAAAGAAUUCUGUUAAUGUCUCAACAGUAUGUAAGCCCCUUGUGAAGACAUUCAAGAGAUUCAGCGUAGAUUAUAUUUCUAGAAUGGAGCGAGGAGAGCUAAGGAAACAGUGGACCUGGGAACCCAUGAUGGGCAACAGCUUAAUACUUCUACUUGUGGAUCCCAAUGAUAAUGCCAGGCAUGUGGCUAGAUGUAUUCUUGAACAGGUCUCAGACACACGAGGUCUGACUUGUGGACUGCAGUUUCUCUGCUCUAGUCCAUCUUCAUUGGCAGCCAUCUUUGUAGGGUUAAGACAUGCUUUGAAACUGGUUCAGUUGGACAGUGUUCUGUCAGACUUUCAGUCUUUGCAUCAUUUAUUUUUUGUUUUCUCUAAACUACUUAGAGAAGGGAAUUCUUCUGCCAAACCCGUGGUUGGAAGUUCAUCAGAGAUGUCUAAUAUAUCAAACUUUUCUUCGCAAGGUGGAUUUUUAAAGCAGCCAGUUUUUGAUGAACAACCUGGUAAGGUGAUUGGACAGUCAUCAGUUAGCUAUGCCUUGUCGGAGAAAUUCAGUUGCCUACUAUCAGAAAUUGCAUGGCUUGCUAUUGGGAAGUGUUUAUCUGAAGGAAAGGCAAACAUGGACCACAAAGCAUCUCAGAUGACCUGCAUCCGCAUACUAGAGAUUCUUCCAGUUAUUCUUGAAAAGCUUCAUGGAAAUUUAGCCAUGGUAUUCAACAGUGCUAUUGGUUUAAAAUGGCUCUGUGAUUUGAUUGAUUGGGGAAAGUCCUCUCUUCAAGUGGUGGUCAGAUAUUGGAAACAGACAUUUAUUUCUUUGCUGGGACUGUUAAAAGGAUUCUGCAGUGGGAUCUCUGCUUUGGCAAUUGUGGAUAUUGAGAAACUUAUUUCAUGUGAUAAAACUCCUAUAGAAGAAUUAACCGAACAAGUUGCACGCCUUUCAGUAUCAUUAAUGAAUAAAGGUUCCUUUGAUGUUAAGAAAACAAAUGUGAGCCGUGAACAUUCUUCUUUCAAAAAAUUGUUACCAAGUGGUGAUUGCUCAGCUGCAAAUGCACAAGCUUCUUCUGUGGAUGUUAAGAAAUUGCAUGUUUCUGAUACAGAUGUAUUGGCUGGCAAGGUGGGAGGUGAUUUAAUAGUUCUUUCUGAUGAUGAGAAUGAGCCAGAAACUCCUAUUGAACAUUCUUCUUUCAAAAAACUGUUACCAAGUGGUGAUUCCUCAGCUUCAGAUGCACAAGCUACUUCUGUGGCUGUUAAAAAAUUGCUUGUUUCUGACUCAGAUGUAUUGGUUGGCAAAGAGGGAGCUAAUUCUAUAGUUCUCUCUGAUGAUAAUAAUGAGCCAAAAACUUCUAUAAGUAAGGAUGUUAACUCUUAUUUUGGGUCAAGUCAAACUUUGUUUGAUGACAAAGUUGUUUCAGCUAAUGCUGAUGGACAAGUAGUGUAUCCUGGUCCAGUAAAGGCGACUAAUUCCAGAAUUGAUAAGGCCAUGAAACCUGUAGUAGCUUCUAAGCCUGGGCCAGAGUCAGACAUGGUGGAGGGUGGGACUGCAGCUUUCAUCAAGUCAAAGGUUAUUCACGAAAAGAGAAAGGGUGUUGAUACCAAGCUGUUGAGGGAGCAUACAAAAGAUUUGAUGACCCAGCCUAGUUCUACUUGGAAAGAUUCAUCUGAUGAAAGUAUGAUUUUCAAAACUAAGGAACAGAAAGACAAUAAAGAGGCCAUAGAAACUGGCGUUACAGUUUUACAGGAGCUUGUACAAGAUAGUGAAAUUGAUUUGGAGUUUGGUUUUUCCAAAUUAGGUAGGCGCCGACAGACAUUAACUAUAAAGCCAAGCAUUUCUGGUCCUAAACGACAAGUCAUUCAACUUGAUUUGCCUGUGAAAAACAGAUCUAGCCUAUUUAGGGUGGAUGGCAGAGUGAAAAGGUUUAAAUCUGCAAGGCUUGAUGACUGGUUUAGGGCAAUUUUAGAGUUGGAUUUUUUUGCAACAGUGGGGUUAUCAGUGACGAGUGAAGAGGACGAUCAAAAGUUUAACAAAUUAAAGCAGGUUCCUGUUUGCUUUGAAUCAGCUGAAGAAUAUAUUGAAAUUUUCCGGCCAUUGUUGGUGGAGGAAUUUAAAGCACAAUUGCUUAGUUCAUUUCAAGAGGCUACUUCAGUUGAAGAGAUGUCUUGUGGCAGCUUGUCUAUAAUGUCUGUUGAGAGAAUUGAUGAUUUUCAUAUCAUUCGUUGUGUCCGUGAUGAUUUUGAUAAUACUGGAUCUAAAAGCUGCUUAGAAAAUGAUCUUAUUUUGCUUACAAGGCAACCACUGCAAAAUUCUGCUCCUGAUGUUCAUAUCGUUGGCAAGGUGGAGAGGUGUGAAAAAGAUAAUAAAAAAAGAUCAAGUAUCAUUGUUGUCAGGCUGUAUCUUCAAAACAAAGCUUCUCAUCUCAACAAGGCUAGAAAGCUUCUAGUUGCACGCAGCAAAUGGUGCAUUAGUCGCUUGAUGAGUAUUACACCUCAACUAAGGGAAUUUCAGGCAUUGUCAUCAAUAAAGGAAAUCCCUUUGUUACCUGUAAUCUUGAACCCCACCAAUCAUGGCCAUAGUGCAAUUUGCAGUAAUAAUCUUAGUAAACUGUCACGACCAUUACAUCAAGUCUUUAAAAUGGAAUACAAUGAGAGCCAGCAGGAAGCCAUCAGUUCUGCUAUUGGGCCUUUUGAUUUGAAAAAGGAUUUUGAAUUGUCUCUGAUACAGGGCCCUCCAGGUACUGGAAAGACCAAAACUAUUCUGGCCAUUGUUAGUGGCUUGCUCUCGUUUUGUAAGAUGAAAGACACCAGAACACUGAGUGCUGCUCCAAAGCCCACUAGUCUGUCUAGCAGCACUUCAAGACCACAUAUUAGUAAUGCUGCUGCAAUUGCAAGGGCAUGGCAGGAUGCUGCCUUCGCUAGACAACUGAAAGAGGAUGUAGAUAAGGACAAAGAUAACAUGGGAAGCUGCAGUAGAGGACGGAUCCUCAUCUGUGCACAAUCUAAUGCUGCAGUUGAUGAGUUAGUUUCAAGAAUAACCAGGGAAGGCCUUUAUAAUAGAGAUGGAACUAUAUAUAAACCAUAUCUGGUUAGGGUUGGUAAUGCUAAGACCGUUCAUUCAAAUUCCCUACCAUUCUUCAUUGACACUCUUGUUGAUAACCGUAUGGCUGAAGAGAAAAUGAAUGUGAAUGAUGCGAAGAAUGAUAUGAGUAAAGACAGAGUGACCGUUCUGCGUUCUAAUCUAGAGAAGUUAGCUGAUACUAUCAGAUCAUAUGAAGCCAAGCGUGCUAACUUAAGAGAAGGAAAUUCUGAUUCAAAAUCUCUGUUUGAAGGUGAGGCUUGUAAUGCUGAUGGUAUGAAGGAAUUAUCUGGUGCAGAACUUGAAGCAAGGCUGAGAGUAUUAUAUGGAAAAAAGAAAGAAAUGUAUACAGAUCUUGCCGCAAUUCAGGCACGAGAGAGGAAAGCUAAUGAAGAAACUAAAGCCCUUCGACAUAAAUUGCGGAAAGCUAUCUUAAAAGAAGCUGAAAUUGUAGUCACCACUCUGAGUGGAUGUGGUGGGGAUUUAUAUGGGGUGUGCUCGGAAUCUGUGUCUGGUCAAAGGUUUAGCAGUUCAUCAGAGAGUGUUUUGUUUGAUGCAGUUGUUGUGGAUGAAGCUGCCCAGGCACUGGAACCUGCUGCUCUGAUUCCACUUCAGCUCUUAAAAUCAAAUGGGACCAGAUGUGUGAUGGUCGGAGAUCCUAAGCAGCUUCCUGCAACAGUUCUUUCAAAUAUUGCCACCAAAUAUUUUUUCCAGUGUAGCAUGUUUGAGCGCUUGCAGAGGGCUGGACAUCCUGUGGUCAUGCUCACUGAGCAGUAUAGAAUGCAUCCUGAGAUAAGCCGCUUUCCUUCUUUGCACUUCUAUAAUGGAAAGUUGCUAAAUGGCAAUUUGAUGUCUACCAAAUCUGCACCGUUUCAUGAAACAAAUGGUCUUGGACCCUAUGUUUUCUUUGAUGUUGUUGAUGGCAAGGAGCUCCAUGGAAAGAAUUCUGGCACUCAGUCACUCUACAAUGAGUGUGAAGUCGAUGCUGCAGUUGAGCUGUUAAAAUUUUUCAAGAGGAGGUAUGCAUCAGAGUUUGUUGGUGGAAGAAUUGGUAUCAUAACACCUUAUAAGUGCCAGCUUUCUCUCUUGCGUUCACGAUUUUCCAGUGCAUUUGGAUCUUCUGUCACAGCAGAAAUGGAAUUUAAUACAGUGGAUGGUUUUCAAGGUCGAGAAGUAGAUAUACUUAUAUUUUCCACAGUAAGGGCAGCUGGAGCAUGUUCCACUGACCAAGGAUAUUCUUCCAAAAUUGGAUUUGUUGCUGAUGUGAGACGGAUGAAUGUUGCUUUAACUAGGGCAAAACUCUCUUUAUGGAUCUUUGGUAAUGCUAGGACAUUGCAGACAAACCGAAGCUGGUCAGCUCUUGUGAAGGAUGCAAAAGAAAGAAAUGUGAUCAUAUCAGCUAGAAAGCCAUACAGUUCUAUAUUUAAGUCAACUUCAAAAGAAAACCGCACAUCAGAAAAUCCUGAAACUCAUUUGAAAAUUCAAACCCAUACUGAAAUGGUUGAUGACAUGAAUGAUGGUGCUGAUCAACGUAAAAAGACCUUGAAUAGUAAGUUUGAUAGGAAAAGAAGGCACACUGAUAUUGGACCUCCCACUAAUGUUGCAGCAUAUAAUAGUAAACAUGAUGCCAAGAUAAAGAAGAGAAGAGCAACUGAUAAUUGUGAUUCAUUCAAGAAGGAUCUUGUGUCGGCAGCAGUUGAGAAUAGUGAUGUAAGAAAUUGCAAGCCUGCAAACUCUACAGUUGGGGAAAAUCACGGGGAGACUAGUGAAACAUUGGAGAAAAAGCCUCACAAGAAACAGGUUAACAAUGAUAAAGCUGAUAAACAAGGGGCAAGGUAUAGUGAUGUGAGAAAUUGCAAGCCUGCACAGUCUGCGGUUGGGGGAAAUCAAGUGCAGACUAGUGAAACUUGGGGGAAAAAGACUUGUGACAAACAGAUUAACAAGGAGAAAGCUGAUAAGCAAAGGGAUAAGAGCACUGACAAACUCGGGAGUUCUUUGGAGGAUAUGGAAAAAGUGAGGGAUAAAGGUCUGAAACAUUCAACAUUAAUUGCAUCCAAAAGAUAUAAAGAACCUUCAGACAAUGCAAGCCCAAAGGGGACAGAUGGAAAAUAUGACAAUGGAGUUAGGACUCAAGUUGAGAAAGCCACAGUUUCAGAAAGAAAACAAAAACGGGAUGCUGUUGAGGCACUUCUUUCUUCUUCUCUUAUAUCUUCAAACAAGCCUAAAUCUUCAAUAAAAUCAUUGCCUGCAAAAAGAAAUUCUGCAGCAAAUACUGAAGGCCCUGGAAUUAAACCAUCAAAGACAAGAAAAGUGUAGGCCUUCAGUAGAGAUCAAGGUUCCUAUUAUAGUGGUGCUGCUCCAAGGCUCGCUGUGAUUCAUGCACUCUUGCCACUUGGAAAGCAUGGUGUGGAUGGUGAAAACAGUAGCAUUCUGGUUAGAAUUCCAUACAUGCUACCAGAGAUUGAAGGCUAAGAGGUUCAGAAAUGGUCAUAACCAGUCAAGAAGAGCCUUUUUUGAUCACCAAUGAAGCGAAGAAAGCAUGAUGCAAUGGAGUCACCUUGAGACAAAACCUUGUUUUUCUCCUUGGCACACAAGGUAAUUUCUUAAAAUAUGAAUUCCCUGGCUGAAUAUCUAUAAUCAUCUGGGAAAAACGUGUGCUCCCGCCCCCAAUUUUUAGAUUUUUAGAAUUACAAAAACCCAAAUUGAUAUUAUAGUUGGAAAAUUCAGAAGAGGGGAUAUGAAUGGAAGGGAGAGGAAUGAAGUAACCCCUCCAACCUCCCUUGAUGGGUUUAAGUAUUUAAGUAGUGCUAGUGUUAGACCUAAUAGGAAAUUCUGUCAAAUCCGUUUGUGUACACCAUGUAAAAGUGUUGGUGAUGAAAAUGCAAUGUGAGUUUGAUCAGUGCUUGAGCCUUUUUGGGUAUUGCAUUGUGGGGCUUUAAAUACUGGUUGGAGCACCACGGCCUGGGAAACUGAAACUAAGACAAAUAUGAAAAACGACAAUGGAGCUUUCUGAAGUACAAUACAACUUUGGACACAGUUGCAGCCUCGAAGAAGAAUGGUACUAUCCUUGUUAAACAUUGCCAAUGUACAGUAGUACACUGAACGCACACAGCAAGAAAAUUUUUGAGCCAAGUUUCGUUCUUGUUCACCAGUUCUCCUGAUUCACUGAAAGCCUUUCUGAGGUAAUUAUUGGUGCUGCAAUUGAUUGGAUACACAUUCUGGUAUGUAAUGUAUAUAUUAGUUUUUUGGUGCAUAUAACAUCUGAACGUGACCCAAAGUAUAUAUUUAUCUUUGAAAAAAGGAACGUGUUUUCCAAGA